AUGGGACGCCCGAAUAACGGCACUACGCAGCGAAAGUCCUCAACCACUCACUACCAGACCUUCCCCACUCCUCCCCCCAAAUCCAAAGGUCAGCCGCCAUCAGACACUUCCAGGACUUCGUCCCACGACGGGCCUCAUCAUGCCCGAACGGGGUCUAAGGGUUCCAACCAUGAAGGGUCACCUCUCCCCAUCAGGCAGCUCUUUGUCUUGGCGGUCAUCUCCCUCUCCGAGCAGACCGCCCUGAACUCCAUUGGGCCCUACCUACCACAAAUGGUAGCCACAUUCGGAGACGUCGAUCCCGGGCAGGUUGGACUCUACGUUGGGCUCGUAGCCUCCUCCUUCGCCUUGGCACAAUUCGCUACAAAUUUCUUUUGGGGAUGGCUGUCAGAUAGAAUUGGAAGAAAACCUGUGGUGCUGACAGGAACACUGCUCAGCGCUGCAUGCUUUGUUGCUUUCGGGUUCUGCAAAACACUAUGGCAGGCAGUAAUUGUACAGGUGUUAAUGGGGCUCGUGAAUGGGAACCAGGGCGUGGUGUCUACAUGCCUGGGGGAGAUCACAGACCGAAGCAAUCAGUCUCGGGCUUUCAUAUAUUUGCCGGUCAUAUAUGGCUUGGGUGGAAUCACGGGACCUGUUGUGGGGGGGCUGCUAGUUUCCAAGAACGCACAUUUCUCGAAGGAAGAUCCUUAUCCAUACCUGAAGCCCAACCUGCUUUCAGCGGCCGUCCUUAUAGUCGACAUGAUAGUGACGAUGGUUUUCUUGGAAGAGAGUCUUGACGAAGCUAGGGACCUGCCGCCACUGGGAAAGCGAGUGGGCAACCUCUUCAGCUGGGUCUGGCAGUUCGCAAGCUCGAGCCGACCCAGCUACCUCCGGAUACCAAGUAUCAAUCACAAGCGACCUUUACACAUCGAUGGCGAUGCUACCAAUGAGGAUGAAGAUGAAGAAGACUCUGAUUCGGAUUCCGGGUCCCAGACCUCGAUUCCGGAAAUGAUACCACACCAUACCACAGAUCUCACACACUCUCAGAUCUUAAAUAGAGACACCUUACUACUCAUGUCCACAUAUCUCAUUUUUCAGCUCUCUAACAUCUCUUACAACUCGCUCUACCCUAUCUUUGGCCAAGCUGCCCCUCCAAGAGGCCGAAACCUUUCCCCUAAAGACAUCGGGUUCUCGCUGGCUUUCGCGAGUGCCGCAACCAUUGUGUUUCAGCUUGGCUUCUUUGGCAGGCUGCGAGAGAAGUUGGGGAACCGGGUGACUUACAGAAGCUGCAUGGCGGCCAUGGCUUUAGCAUUCAUACUGACGCCGUGGGUGGGGUACAAGGACAGCAAGAAUGGAGAUGGAGGGAUCUCUACCGGCAAGGCAUGGUUGUGGGUCGAGCUGGGAUUCAUACUCUUAGUGAAGUCGCUGGCUGCUGUGGGCUGCUUGACGAGCUUUCUUCUGUUGAUUACCAACUCCGCUCCCAACCAUUCCGUCCUCGGCACGCUCAAUGGCCUCGCCCAGACUCUAUCCGCAGCCGGCCGAGCUGUAGGCCCUUUUUUCGCUGGUGGUCUUUUCUCACUCGGGACUCAUGUAGAACCCAAGGGCGAAGCCGUAGCAUUCGGCGUCUUUGGCGGUAUAACCUUUAUCGGAUUCCUGAUGACCUUCGGAAUACGUGGGGCAAAUCUCGAGUCGGAGGGUUGGGAUGAAGAGGAGGGCAGUGAGGAGGACGAGGAGUCGGAGGACGAAGACGAUCAUGCGAGGUAG